CUCUGUUUCAUUUUUCCAUCAACGUCAGUAUUCCACUCAGCUAACAUGUUCUGACAGAUCAGAACGUUUACACCUGAAUGACGCUUUGAGAUGGACAGUUUUGAUCACAGAUUGGGACUAAGUGAACGUUAAUCAGAUGGAACAAACAGGAAUCUGCUUCCCAGCAUUUAUAACAACUGUGGGUGGAGCAAAUCGCUUUCCGGAAGAGUAAAUGUUGCAACAAUGAAAUUUUAAAUCAUGUGACUUCACAACUCAACCUACAACCUACAAGGUGUUAUCAAAGAGGCGUGGUUAGGGAUUUAUAGCUGAGCUAGAGUUUAAAAGGAGAAUUAUGCACAGACUCAAAGUCUAACAGAGAUACUGCACACAUCCCAGCUGAUAGACAGAAGUUCACAUGAACCUCAUGCCAAUGUGGAAGGGAGUCAUGGACAGACCAGAGGAGUGCAACAGGGCUGUGUUGGUGUCUGUGGCAAACUUUGACUAUGGGGUUCCCUUGGGAAGGAGGCCGGGGGCCAACUGUGACGCUAAGAAGCUCCAUUGCAUCCUCACUAAACUGGGCUACAAGGUGGAACUUCACAUGGACCCAAGCAGCAAGGAAAUCUACAAGCUGUUCUCUGAAGAAAGCAGGCGGCCUGUGAAGGAGUGCUUCCUGGCUGUCCUGUCGUCUCAUGGGGAGGAGGGCUGCGUGUUCGGAUCGGAUGGGAAACCUGUCCAACUGUCUCGUGUCUUCACAUACUUUGAUAAUGAAUGCAUGGAGAAAAAGACCAAACUGUUCCUCAUACAGGCGUGCCGGGGAGGCGCUCUGGAUGAUGGAGUGGAGGUUGAUUCAUCAGUCAGCAGAUUCCCACACUAUUUUUCUGUUCCCGUGGAUACAGCUGUGAUGUUCGCCACAGCACCAGGUUAUGGUGCGUUCAUGAAUUUCACUGGAUCAGUCUUCCUGCAGACGUUCUGCUCAUUAUUGGAAGAGGAGGGUCACUCUAACCUGGAGCUGACUCGGCUGAUGACCCGACUCUCCCACAGGGUUGCCUACACCUUCGAGUCCAAAGGGAGGAAGUAUGGCGGGAAGAAAGAGAUGCCAUGCUUUCUGACACGACUGACCAGAGAUGUGUUCCCGUUUGCAGAAAUGGAGAAAGACAGGAAAGCGGAGACAAUAUCUGCCACAUCAUUGGUUGUUUCACAGAAUACUAGACAACGUAUUGUUUCACUAAGUUAGCAAGCAGUUUUCCUGCAUGCUGACUCAGCACAUAUGUAGACUGGCAUGAUCAGGAACAUCACAAGGGGCUGCACAGUGGCACAGUUGGUAACAUUGUUGCCUUGCAGCAAGAAGGUUCUGGGUUCAAUUCCCCACCCCAGU